UGCAGCCCAGGAGCUGGGGUUUUUGCUCUCCAGGUUUUGGGGUUUUUGCUCCCCAGAGGGUGAGGGUUUUGCCUCCCCAGGGUUUGGUUGGCACCCCGGCUCAGCUCCUAAUGCCAAUGAGCACCCCAGUACUCGCAGCGCGGGUGUAACUUUGCCUUGAGUUUCACUGCUGGGAUGUCUCUCCGCUCUCUCCUCUCUUCCCGGAGCAGGCAGUGGCUGCCAGAGACUUGCUCUGGCUGCGGAGGAGCCUCCUCGUCUGCCGAGAGGCGAUCCCAAAGCGCUGUGCCCGCUAUGAAUGAGGAUUGCGUGUCCUGAACCAUCAGCUUCACGCAGCCAGGCUGGGAGCAGCUCCGUGGGGAGGGAUCCAGGAUCCCUGAGAGCUGGCCCGAGUCCCUGGCACCCUGCAGGUGGGAAAGCACCGCGCUCCGGGCUCAGGGACGCUGCUGAGCUGCUUCAGCCGUCACUUUCGAAGGAGGUCUUUUAAUUGCUGUGAAGGACUUCAGUCAAUGCUGCACAUUUAUCCUCACCCGCAGGAUUUCAGGCACUUCUAAUGGGCUGCUAACCCCAGGACAGUGAUGGCACAGGCACAGCAGGAUUUUAACGGUGGGAAGAUGCUGAUGGACAGGAAUGAAACUUGGCUCUCUAAUUUCUCCUCUGCUGCCUCCUCCUUUGCGAGGGGAGGGGUCGGGCUCCAGGAAGCGCUCGUUGGGCUCAUCCUCACCCUCAUCGACGUGGUCACACUCCUGGGAAACACCACCGUGUUCCUCUGCCCGGUGGUGGAGAGGAGGCUGCGCACUGUCACCUACAUGUUCAUCAUGUCCUUGGCCAUGGCAGACUUCCUCGUGGCCUGUCUGGUGAUGCCCUUCAGCAUCAUUUACGAGGUGACGGGGGUGUGGCUGUUUGGGAAGCUGUUCUGCAAAGUCUGGAUCUCCUUCGAUGUCAUGUUCUGCACCGCAUCCAUUGUCACGCUGUGCUUCAUCAGCCUGGACAGGUACUGCUCCGUGGUCACCCCCUACCACUACUCCAGAAGGAUGUCCCGUGGCAGAUGCAUUGUGAUGACCUGCAUGGUCUGGGUAUAUUCUUCCCUCAUUUCCUUCCUUCCCGUCAUGCAAGGCUGGAAUGAGAUCCCCGGGGUGGACUUUGAUGCGGGCAGAGAAUGCAUCUUCGUCACCAACUGGGUUUUUGCCAUCGUGGCCUCCGCCCUGGCGUUUUUCCUUCCCUUCAUGGUCAUGUGCAGCAUGUAUUUCUUCAUCUACCGCGCCUCCCGCCUCAAGGCCACCCGCAUCAUGUCCCAGACGCUGGAGAUCCACUACCACCCCAACAGCAAGAGGCAGAACCACCUGCAGCUGGAGAACAAGGCCACGAGGACCAUCAGCAUCAUCAUCUCUGUGUUCGUGCUCUGCUGGCUGCCCUACUUCGUGCUGAACGUUUGGCUGGCGGCCAGAGGCACCGACUCCACCAGCACGGUGCUGGUCGGCACCUUCAAGAUCAUCACCUGGCUGGGGUACUGCAACUCCACCAUCAACCCCCUGCUCUACGCCUUCCUCAACAGGGACUUCCAGCGUGCUCUGAAGAAGCUGAUCAUUUGCAGGCACAGGUCUCAGGUGGACGUUGGGGAAGACAUGGUUUCCAUAGCCACGUUUUCCAAGACUGCUCCAGACCUGGAAUACAGCGUGACAGUGCCCAACGGUGCCCUGAAGGGCAAACCCAAGUCAUAGGGAUUCAGGAUCAGUCACUGGAGGUGGUGAUACAGAAAGUGCUGGAGCACAUCCGAAUGGGAAAACAAGGAGUAGGAAAAUAGGGGAAGAAGGGGCUGGAAUAUUACAGCUGGGGACAAUACAACAAAGACGCAUUUCUUCACCUUCCACAGUUUCAAUAAUGAGGAACUUGGAAAUUUUAGGGGCAAUUUGUUACAUUAAUGGAGCUAAUUCAUUCCUGGAUAACUAUUUUUCUAACGAGCAUUUCCUAAGACAAAUCCAGCCUUUGCAUUGGGUAAAAGAAAAAACCAGCAUGACAUAAUGUGACCUUAUCUUCGUGCAUAUUACUGGUGAUCUGUGUCAGGUGGGACACUGUUUCUUAUCAAUCAAGCCACUGUAGCUCUCAUCUUGCAGCUUCAUUACAGAUUUGACCAGUUUUGAUAACUCCAUGUGUGUCAGUCCGUGUCUGGGAAUUAGGGGAGGGAUGUGGCCGAAGAGCAGAGCUCACUUCUUAAAGAGGCACCACUCUGCAGCCUGGGCUGUGCUUAGGGUUCAGCUCACUGGCUUCUGCAACAUCUGGAUAUUCAGAGCUUUCCAUGGCUUUCUGUGAAUUAUCUGUGAGUUUCCUUGUUAAUUCUGGAAGGGGAAUUCCCAUGUGGCAGACCCCAGGAGAUGAGAAAGAUUUGCUGCACCAACAGGAGCACGGAGUGCCCAAGGGUUUCAAAGGGAGCUACAGGCGGCCAACACCAUCUAAAGAUGGGAUGUGAAUAGGAAUUACUGUGUGUACACUGUGGUAUCUACCAGAGAGACAUAAAGAUAAAUGGGAAUGAUUAUUUUUACCACUUCCAAGUGCUUGUCUGGAUUUCCAACAGCACUGGCUCCCUGCAGGAAAGACAAAAGCGCCUCACUGAAGGGUUACUCUGAAAACGUACCAGGGGACUGUCCUCAGAGGUAGCAAAAUGCAGUAGGACCUGCCUGGAGCAGCUCAGCCACUGAAGACACCAGCACAAGGGUCAGGAGUUCUCUCUCAAGAGCCUGGUAGAAAAACCAGCCCUGCCCUGGGGUUCAGCACUGGUUCUCCUGUCAAAUGACUCUCCAUGGAAAGGGUCCCGUGUCCCAGAUCCUAUGACUCCAGUAACAACAUGGAAGUGAUCUCUCACUCACCCAGCAAGCUGACAUUUACAAGCUUCAAAAAACCCAAUAAACCCCCCAAAAAAGGAUAAUGGAGCACAACAUUGG